AUGGCUCCUCCACCCGCCAGCGGCGUCGCCGUGCAGGAGGACGGCACUCUACGGUAUUUCGGUACGCCUCUGACGCUCAGAGAAUGGCGCCUGCCGCUCAGCGAGGCUCGAGGCCUGCUGAAGUCCUCCGCGGAAACGGAAUUUUUGCCUCUCGCCUCACUCGCGCGCCUCGCGACACAUGCGAAUCUCCAAGCCGCGAAAACCGCGGCCGAUGUGGCGAUCCUCGGCGUGGUGUCAGACGUCGGCGCCCAGCGUCCUACUGAGAAGGGCUGCACGUGGGCCUGGACGCUCUGGGACCUGCAAGAAACGAAGGUCAAGCUGCUUCUCCGAGGCGAAGGGCUCUGCAAGGCGCUGUACAGCGAGAGUGUCAAGCCUGGGAUGCUGGUCGCCGUCUUGAACCCGACGCUGUUGGAACCGAACCCGCAGUAUGACAGCCGCUGCGUGGCCGUUGACAAAGUUGACCAUGUGCUUCUGAUCGGCGGGGUGAACGGCGUGAUGCGAUGCGGGGCGAUGACGAAGAAGCAGACGCCUUGCAGCAUGAUGGUCUUCGUACCCACGAUGGGCGAGUUCUGCCGCUUCCACGUUUCGUCGCGCGCCGCCAGAUCGCAAGACGCGCGCGUCAAGAGCCGGAUUGCGUCUUCCUCUUCUUCUUCAUCCGCUUCUUCCUCCUCUGUGUUGUCCUCUUCUGGCGCUUCUGCUGCGUCCGUUCAGCGCGUUAAGUUGCAGGGCGAAGCCUCGAAACCCGCGGCCUCGACGCCUGCGCUCCUCGCGCCGCACCGCCGGCUUCUGCACGGCUCAGGUGUACAUACAGCCGGGCUUGACAGCGGGCGCGUUAAGAUGGACCCCAGCUCGCUUGCUUCUGCAUCGGGAGAGCGCGACGCCCGGAGCCGAAGUGCGGGUUUUUCGUUCUCCUCCGCCUCUUUGAAGCUGAAGGAGAACGAGGAGUCGCGGGAGCGCCAGGAGGCAAGAAUUGCGCUUCUUCUUCGAGCGAACCCGGCACUGCGAAAGGCAAACGACAAAGUCGCGCAGGAACGCCAGCUGCGCGAGGCCGGCGGGGUGGAGAGGGAGAAGAAACCUGCGGCGCCGCCCACCAUGGCCUUUGCGCGGCUCAAAAAGAGCGUCGAGCCUUCUGCCUCGGCCUCCGCCUCAGCGCUCCCCCAGAGAGAGUCUCCGUCGCUCCCCGCGGCGGCGUCCACGACUCUCUCCUCGCAUCACCCUGUGGAGGCGUCGCCGCCUUCGAGUGGCGUCAAAAAGGAAGUCGCUGACGCGCAGACUGUGCGCGCGAGCAGCGCGUCUCCCCCGCCGCGUCUCGGCGCCGCGAAAGUGGAACGCGCCGCAGUCGCGGCGACCCACCCCAAACGCGACGCCGCGGCGCCGCUGCCUCCGCGGCCGCCGGCCGGCGGCGGGGGCCUAGUGAAGAAGGAGAAAAGAGACGCAGGGACGAUGCUGAUGGAGCACCUGAGCGCGGAGCAGAAGAAGGAUCUCUCUGCGCUCUCCAACGAGUUCGUGCGACGGCGCUACCUCCGGCUCUUCUACGAAAUUAACAAUGACCAGAACACGCCAGGCAAUCGGAGUUUAUUCGACGAGCUGAGCUCCGUGCGCAUGGAGAUGAAGUCCUUCACUCGGCAGGAUUUUCAGGUCAUGGGCCUUGUCGACCUCAUGCCGCCUCUUUGCCUGCACCCUGACCAGACGAUCGCGGAGCUCGCGCUGGUCAUCUGGCGCGCCGCGCACUUCCGCCUGCAGGCGACGGUUAAUUCAGGGCCUGCUGUGCUUCCUGCCUCGCCGGCGCCUUCUGCGCUCGCCGCGGCCGGCGCGCCUGAGAAGAGGAACCUGCGCGCGGAUGAGGUGAACCGCCGCCUCGCCGUUGACCUAGGGAGCGUGAAAGACAUCUUCAAAAAGCGCCAGAAGGAAGAGAAGAAGCGACAGCGCGAGAUGGACAGAGAGCGCGCAGAGACCGAAAAACGAGUCAGGCAGAGGGAACGCGAGGACGCUAAGCACGCGAUCGCCGCACCGCUGGCCGCGCGGUCCGCCGCCAGUGUACAGACACCCGCAGACCGAGAGAAGCAGAAGGAAAUGCUACAGGAAAUCAUGAGUGUGCGGUCCAACAUCCAGGCGCACGUCGAGAAGGCGGAUUUUGAGGAGGAGCAGCAAAUUCUCAAGAUGUUGGAGAAGCAAGAUGCGCGCGAGGAGUUCAAACAGAGCAUCAAAGAGAUCCAAAUUGAAGCCUUUUUUUGCACCGAGUGCAACGAAUACUGCGACAAAAUGAACCCCGUGUGCAGACAAGCCGGGCACAAAAUCGAAAGGCGGAAGGCGCCGAAGCGCUUCUUCCGCUGCCCCGAGUGUAUGUACAGCCCCAUCAUCGCCAUCGGCCACACCCUCCCCGAUGGCUGCCCAAAGUGCAGAGUCGCUCUCGCAAAUCUUCUUCUUCCUGCCGUCUCCGCGUAUAAGCCGAAAGCCCUCAAGCCUCUGGAUCACGAGAAGCUGACCAUCACCGGAGAUGAUGAAGAUCCUCGCUGUCGCUCGCGGGUCGUCAAAGCGGCGCGGCAGCCCUCCUUCUCAGACGACUGGGACGACGACUCAGAGAACCUGCGCGUCACUGAAAACGCCUUGGAAACUUAA